GUUGCUCGCGCGCGCCGCCGAGGCUCCGCGCGCCGUCGUGCCGGCUGGGCGUCCCUGUGCAGCCGCUGCCACCGAUGGGGGAGGUGGAGCCGGUACCCGCGGGCCCUCUGGAGCCCCCAGAGCCGCCCGAAGCUCCCGCGAGCCGCCGGCCGGGCGGCAUCCGGGUCCUGAAGAGAAAUAUGAAACACAAUGGAAGCAGAAAUUGUUUGAAUAGGAGAAGUAGAUUUGGUUCUCGAGAAAGAGACUGGCUGAGAGAAGAUGUGAAGAGAGGCUGUGUUUACCUUUAUGGAGCAGAUACGACCACUGCCACCACAACCAGCACCUCCUCUGCCUCCUCCUCCUCUGACUUACAUCUUGUCCUUUGCACCGUAGACACACCAGCAUCAGAAAUAUGUGCUGGAGAGGGAAAGGAAAGUCUUUAUUUACAGCUUCAUGGAGACCUGGUCAGGAGACUGGAACCUACUGAACGACCUCUUCAGAUUGUGUAUGAUUACUUAUCCAGGCUGGGCUAUGAUGAUCCCGUGCGCAUACAGGAGGAAGCGACGAAUCCUGACCUUGGCUGUAUGCUUCGAUUUUACGGUGAAAAACCAUGCCACAUGGAUCAUCUGGAUCGAAUCCUUCUCUCGGGCAUCUAUAAUGUGCGCAAGGGGAAGACCCAGCUGCAUAAGUGGGCCGAACGCCUAGUUGUUCUCUGUGGCACCUGCCUCAUUGUUUCCUCAGUGAAGGAUUGUCAAACUGGAAAGAUGCACAUUUUGCCUCUGGUUGGGGGAAAGAUAGAGGAAGUUAAGCGACGGCAGUAUUCCCUUGCAUUCAGCUCAGCUGGAGCCCAGGCUCAGACCUAUCAUGUCAGCUUUGAGACUUUGGCUGAGUACCAGAGAUGGCAACGGCAGGCAUCCAAGGUGGUGUCCCAGCGCAUCAGUACUGUUGAUCUCUCAUGUUACAGCCUUGAGGAGGUUCCUGAGCAUCUCUUCUACAGUCAAGAUAUCACCUACCUCAACCUGCGACACAACUUCAUGCAAUUAGAAAGACCAGGGGGCCUUGACACUCUCUAUAAAUUCUCUCAGCUAAAGGGCCUGAACUUGUCCCAUAAUAAACUUGGGUUGUUUCCUGUAUUGUUAUGUGAGAUUUCUACCCUGACUGAGCUAAACCUUUCCUGUAAUGGAUUUCAUGACCUGCCAAGUCAGAUUGGCAAUCUACUGAAUCUUCAAACUCUCUGUCUUGAUGGCAACUUUCUGACUACUUUGCCUGAAGAAUUGGGAAAUUUGCAACAGCUUUCCUCCCUGGGAAUUUCCUUCAACAACUUUAGUCAAAUUCCUGAGGUCUAUGAGAAACUCACUUUGUUAGAUAAAGUGGUUCUGGCAGGAAAUCGACUGGAGGUCCUAAACCUAGGGGUGCUGAACAGGAUGAGCCAUAUCAAACAUGUAGAUUUAAGGAUGAACCAUUUGAAAACCAUGGUUAUUGAAAAUCUGGAAGGAAAUAAAUAUAUCACCCAGAUGGAUUUGCGGGACAAUCAACUGACUGACUUAGAUCUUAGCUCCUUAUGUAGCUUGGAGCAGCUACAUUGUGAGCGGAACCAGCUGAGGGAGCUGACACUCAGUGGCUUCUCCCUUCGAAAUCUCUACGCCAGUUCAAACAGGCUGACAGCAGUGAAUGUCUAUCCAGUACCCAGUUUUCUCACUUCUCUAGAACUUUCCAGAAACCUGCUGGAAUAUGUCCCUGACUGGGCCUGUGAAGCAAAGAAGCUAGAAAUAUUAGAUGUGAGCUAUAAUCUUCUGACAGAGGUUCCUAUGAGAAUCCUUAGUAGCUUGAGUCUUAGAAAACUGAUGGUGGGACACAAUCAUGUGCAAAACCUUCCAGUGCUGGUGGAGCACAUCCCUCUUGAGGUGUUGGAUAUUCAGCAUAACCUACUUACCAGGCUGCCAGAUACCCUCUUCUCCAAGGCCUUAAAUCUCAGAUACUUGAAUGCAUCCGCAAAUAGUCUGGAGUCUUUGCCAUCUGCUUGCGCAGGGGAGGAGAGCCUGAGUGCCCUGCAGCUGCUCUAUCUGACCAACAACCUCCUGACUGAUCAGUGUGUGCCCGUCCUGGUGGGGCAUCCGCACCUGCGAAUCUUGCAUCUAGCAAACAACCAGCUACAGACUUUUCCUGCAAGCAAACUAAAUAAAUUGGAGCAAUUGGAGGAACUGAACUUAAGUGGCAACAAGCUUAAAACCAUUCCCACGACCAUAGCGAACUGCAAAAGGCUGCACACCCUUGUUGCACACUCCAACAACAUCAGCAUUUUCCCGGAAAUACUGCAGUUGCCUCAGAUCCAGUUUGUAGACCUAAGUUGCAAUGACCUGACAGAAAUCCUGAUUCCAGAGGCUCUGCCUGCUACGUUACAAGACCUUGACCUGACUGGAAAUACAAAUCUGGUUCUGGAACAUAAGACACUGGACACAUUUAGCCAUAUCACAACCCUGAAAAUUGAUCAGAAACCUUUGCCAACCACUGAUUCUACAGUUACAUCAACCUUCUGGAGCCAUGGACUGGCUGAGAUGGCAGGGCAGAGAAAUAAGCUGUGUGUAUCAGCUCUAGCCGUGGAUAACUUUGCAGAGGGGGUGGGAGCUGUGUAUGGCAUGUUUGACGGGGACCGAAAUGAGGAGCUCCCUCGCCUACUGCAGUGUACCAUGGCAGAUGUUCUUUUGGAGGAGGUACAGCAGUCGACUCAUGACACAGUUUUCAUGGCUAAUACCUUCUUGGUAUCUCACAGGAAAUUAGGCAUGGCUGGUCAGAAGCUGGGCUCCUCUGCUCUCCUUUGUUACAUCCGCCCUGACACUGCCGAUGCAACAAGUAGUUUUAGCUUGACUGUGGCCAAUGUUGGCACUUGCCAAGCAGUCUUGUGCCGAGGUGGGAAACCAGUGCCCCUCUCUAAAGUCUUCAGCCUGGAACAGGAUGCGGAGGAGGCUCAAAGGGUGAAGGACCAAAAAGCCAUUAUAACAGAGGAUAACAAAGUGAAUGGGGUGACCUGCUGUACCCGGAUGCUGGGCUGUACAUACCUCUACCCUUGGAUCCUCCCCAAGCCCCACAUAUCUUCCACAACACUUACCAUUCAAGAUGAGUUGCUGAUUCUGGGAAACAAAGCAUUGUGGGAACACUUGUCUUAUACAGAAGCUGUCAAUGCAGUACGCCAUGUACAAGACCCAUUAGCAGCUGCCAAGAAGCUGUGCACAUUAGCCCAAAGCUAUGGUUGUCAGGACAAUGUGGGGGCGAUGGUGGUUUAUUUGAACAUUGGUGAGGAAGGCUGCACUUGUGAGAUGAAUGGGCUGAGCCUUCCAGGUACUGUAGGAUUUGCUUCAACCUCCACCAUCAAGGACCCUCCCAAGCCCACCACUCCUUCCUCCAGUAGUGGGAUUGCCUCUGAGUUCAGCAGCGAGAUGUCCACCUCAGAGGUGAGCAGUGAGGUGGGAUCCACUGCUUCUGAUGAACAUAACACUGUUGGCCUGGAUGCGGGCUUGCUUCCAAGACCAGAGAGGCGCUGCAGCCUCCAUCCAACACCCACCUCUGGGGUUUUCCAGCGCCAGCCUUCUUGUGCGACUUUCUCAAGUAACCAGUCUGACAAUGGUCUGGACAGUGAUGAUGACCAGCCCGUUGAAGGGGUCAUAACAAAUGGCAGCAAGGUAGAAGUAGAAGUAGAUAUCCACUGCUGUAGGGGAAGGGACCUUGAGAACUCGCCCACUCCCACAGAGAAUUUUCCUGCCCCAUGUCCAGAGGAACAUGUGAGAGGAUUAUUUUUUGGGAUCCGAAGACAGAACAGUGUGAAUAGUGGUAUACUUCUGCCAUUGAGCAAGGACAGGAUGGAGUUACAGAAGUCUCCCUCCACUUCCUGUCUCUAUGGAAAGAAACUCUCUAAUGGCUCUAUUGUGCCCCUAGAAGAUAGCCUGAACCUUAUUGAAGUGGCCACAGAAGCACCCAAGAAGAAAACUGGCUAUUUUGCUGCCCCCACUCAGCUGGAGCCAGAGGAUCAGUUUGUUGUACCUCGUGACCUAGAAGAAGAAGUCAAGGAGCAAAUGAAGCACCACCAGGAAAGCAGGCCUGAGCCUGAGCCCACUGAAGAGGAUCGGACCGAGCUCCCGGAGGAGUUUGACACAGCACUGUAAUCCUCCCCCAGGGUCCCCCCCACAUUCGGGAAGGCCGUGUUGUGUCAAGGUGGGGGGCCCUUCCAGAGGCAUUUUCCCUCUGCAUUUCUAAACCAUAGAUGAGGGGGGUAGAACUUGGAGCCAAAAACGAUGAGAGCUAUCAGGGUCUCGUUCUGGAUAAGCUAGUCAACACCAUCAGUGUUAAGCUUCACAUUUAACCUGCAUUGGAAUUCCCAGAGUUACUGGGAAGAAAGCAGAUGUUCUCUGUAUCCGUCCUACCACCUGCCAUUAACCCUUUCUCUCCUAGGAUAAUUUUGAGAAUUUGCCUGCCUGGGCAGGAAAGGGACUAUUUCUGUGGAGGAAGUAACUGAAGAUGAUUCCUUUUACUGAUUGCUGCUGAUGGAUCUCUUUGACAGAGAAAUCACCUUAUAUCUCAACCUAACUGAUGGGAUGUGAUGUGACUAGUCACAUGGCUUUUCAUUCUUCUCUACGAGAAUACAGCCUAUCGAAAUGACGUUUAUUGGAAAUGUAGAACCAAUCAAACAGAUAAUUUAUGUAUGUAAUGUAAUGUAAUGUAAUGUAAUGAGAGCACUUUUCAUUGACUGUGAAGUUUUUAUUUUUGAAUCUGCACUCGAGCCAAUCUCUUUUGAGGCAGCCCAGCACCUUUGUCCAUAGGCAGAGUGAUCAUCAGCUGUUGGAGCCUUCUACGAGGGUACUAGGAAGGGCCCUGGGAAAUGGAUUUGACAGGUGCAUGUCAGACUGUGAAAGCUCCUUUGGGACAGUAGGCUCUUCUUUUGGGGAUGAAGAUGGAAAAGGAGUGAGGACUAAGACUACUUCCCCCCAAAUCACAAAAAGAGAAGAACUUGACAAAAGUGACAACUGCUAGACAUUUCCCAGCGGAUCACAAGGGAGACAUUUGGGGAUUAGCCUCUUUCCAUAACAUGUGAUGGAGGUGGCAGUCAGUCUCCUAGUAUGUAGGGCCAAGGCUGAUGCCACUGAAGUCCAAGUAACCUUGAGUUACAGCAGAUGGCCCUGAACAGACUGAGGCUGAAUAAGAACAGAAGGGUGGGUAGAGCUCACAUUUCGACAGGUUCCUUCUGUAGAAUAGAGGGUACUUUUCUAAAAUGUCACGAGUUCACCUCUUUAAUGUUUAACAGAGUACUCUUCUGAAAACUGCUUAUCCACCUCACAUGGUUUCAGAGUACUGGGCUCAAUGACUAAUAUAAGAAAGACUUAAUUGAGAAAAGUCCUAAGCUUACAGAAAACCUGGUUUACUAUAUUUUUUGCACAUUCCAUGUAACCCUAGCAAAAUGUAGUUCCUUCCAUAUUUCUGUUCUGUUGCCUUUUCCAUUAGAAGAUUUACUUAGGAAAAUGAGUUCCUAUUUAUUCCGACAAAUUUUGACAUUGCUUGAUUUUACCCAAUGGGGAGUGUGCUUUGAAUUUCUAGAAUACUUUCACAAUUAAAAAGAAAAUAGAGUGGGACCAUUUUUAAUUUGUUUCAUAAGAAACAAAAGGUUAAAGAUAAGGUUGA